UGGAUUAGGAGAUCAUAAUACACCACCUAUUAUAGUUGACAUUAAAACUUUUGAUGAUGGAACAAUUCUCGUUCAUAUUAUACGAAAUGAAUCAACACAAAUAGAAGAAUGCUCAAAAAUUGGUGGAAUAAGUUUAGAACAGAAAUUACGAAUAAGACUUAUUUUUUUAAAUGGAACUGUUAAAGAGAUUGAUCCCAAUUUAAAUUUAGAUCCUAUAAAUUAUUGUUUACUCAAUCGUAAUAUAAAUCCUAUUACAAUAUAUCCUUUACAAAAACCAUUCAUUCUAGUAACUUAUGUUAAAACAAAUGAUUCUUCUAAUCUUGCAUUUUACGAAGAGUGCGGGGAAAUCAUCGAUUGGGAUGGAAUCAGUAAAAGUAAUAUGUGUUUUAAUUCUAGUAGCUCUCAUUGGAAGUUUUGGAUUAAUAGUACAAUUCAGUUAAAGGCAAACAAGAAACUUGGAUUUAUUAGAUUUGUUCAAGUUGACGGUCAUGGAAAUUUGACAAAUUUAACAAAUUUAAUACUGUUAGACCCAAGCAUUGGCAUACCGUUAGACCCAAGCAUUGGCAUUACAGGAUCUCCUACACAAUAUUCGCUGAUGUCGAUCGUGUCCACUAUUGAUAGUGGUUAUUUGGUGAUCUUUAGAUAUGUGCAAGAAAGUAAUAAAAAUUCGUUAGUUCCACAUGGCGGGCUUUUCACGAUGUUUAUAUUUUACAACCAACCCGAUUUUUCUAAUGCAGCUAUUAUCUAUACAAUACCACAACCUAAUAUAACAAUUAAGUCAGUUGAUUGUGAUGUAGCUCAUAUAGGAAAUAUUGCUCAAUUUGUUGAAAUAACUAAUCAGACCCAGCAAGGUUUGAGAGCAAAAAUAAUGCCAUUCGAUAAAGCUAUUAUGGGCUCAGUGCGUCUUACUACAGAUGCUUUAACAAAAUUCUUAAACCUUUCUAAACAUAAUCAAUCAGCGUACAUUGAUAGUUUAUUGAAUGAACUCGCCGACAAAGUGCCAAUAAAUCGAAAUAAUGAAAUUAAAAGUGAUGUUUCAGAGUUAUUUUCAGAUUUAAACACUAUGAUAAUUUACAAGAAUAUCACUACCUUCUCUCUCGGUAUAACAAAUGACCUAGACCUAGAUUACGGCUUUCAACCAAGAUGUAAGGAAUGUAUUGAAUGA